GCAGUUUGUUCGACGCUCUGGCCGUGAAACAAUAGUGAGCAGUGAAAUUCGUUUUUUUUGUUACCGGCCGGCAACUUUGACAUUUUGAUUGUCAAUUUGUCACUGACCAGUUUGACGUAAGAAGGGACGAACGUAAACAAAAACAAAGUACGGCCAAACAGCUGAACGUCGGAAAUAAAAUUUUUAACGAAAAUUUUGAAUAGAAUGGCUCCUAUGACAUAUUGUGUCCGUAUAUUUAGCUUGUUAAACACAAAACCUCUGUAUUCUAUAAGCAAGGUUCUGUCGUGUGCAAAUUACAGCACUUCCAGUAAAAAAGGGAAAAUAUAUAGUGAUGUGAAUGAAGCCGUAAAAGACAUUAAAGAUGGAUCUAAACUCCUGGUCGGCGGUUUCGGGUUGUGCGGCAUUCCGGAGAAUCUUAUUCAGGCCUUAAAUAAACAAAAAACCAGUGGUUUGACUGUUGUUUCCAAUAAUGCAGGAGUGGAGAAUUUUGGCCUAGGUGUUUUGCUCAAGAGCAAACAAAUCAAAAGGAUGAUUGCAUCUUAUGUUGGGGAGAAUGCUGAAUUUGAGAGGCAGUUUCUCACAGGGGAGUUGGAAGUAGAACUAACUCCGCAAGGCACCUUGGCCGAGAGGAUCAGAGCUGGAGGGGCAGGUAUUCCUGCUUUCUUCACUCCCACUGGCUAUGGCACUCUUAUUCAAGAGGGAGGUUCGCCUAUCAAGUACACCAAGGAUGGCAAGAUCGACAUUCCCAGCGCCUCCCGCCACGUCCAACAGUUCAAUGGCCACAACUACAUAAUGGAGGAAGCCAUAGUCGGUGACUUCGCCCUCGUCAAAGCCUGGAAAGCAGACCGACACGGCAACUUAAUCUUUAGGAAGAGUGCUCGCAACUUCAAUCCAGCUAUGUGCAGAGCCGCGAGGAUUACUAUAGCUGAAGUUGAAGAAAUUGUGGAUGAACUGGACCCAGAUUUUGUACAUGUUCCAUCGAUAUUUGUACACAGGGUCAUCAAGGGUGAGAAGUACGAGAAACGCAUAGAAAGGAGAAUCGUGCAGAAGACAGGAGAGCAGAAAGAGAAGAAACCGGCAGACCUGAUGCGGGAGAGGAUCAUAAGAAGGGCCGCCUUGGAGUUCAAGGAUGGCAUGCAUGCGAACCUUGGAAUAGGUAUGCCAAUGUUGGCCAGUAACUUCAUUCCCAAGAACGUCAAAGUAUUGCUGCAAUCCGAAAAUGGUAUUCUUGGCCUAGGACCUGUCCCAACCGAGGAUCAAGUGGAUGCAGACCUCAUCAACGCUGGAAAGGAAACUGUCACCAUACUUCCAGGAGCAUCGUUCUUUUCAUCCGACGACAGUUUUGCCAUGAUUCGCGGCGGCCACAUCGACCUUACAGUGUUGGGCGCCAUGCAAGUUUCGCGGUACGGUGACUUGGCCAACUGGAUGAUACCUGGCAAAAUGGUAAAAGGAAUGGGAGGCGCCAUGGACCUAGUAUCCGCGCCGAGAACAAAAGUAGUGAUCACCAUGGAACACACCACUAAAGGCGGCGGUCACCGCAUCCUGCCCGAGUGCAACUUGCCGCUCACCGGCAAGAACUGCGUCGACAUGAUCAUCACUGAGAAGGCGGUGUUCGACGUAGACAAGGAGAAAGGCCUGACGCUAACCGAGCUGGCUGAAGGCGUGACGGUAGAAGACGUGAUCGUGGCUACGGGCUGCGAGUUCGAAGUCGCUAAGGACCUGAAGAAAAUGGGCGAUGUCUUGGAAUCCGACUAAGAGAAGCGAGUGUGAGAACCGGCGAGAGUUUUUAUUUAAUCCUCUGAAUGCUUUACAUCAUACACAAAAACGUAAUUUCCAAGUUAAGGUGCAAGCAAGCUAACCGUUCUCCCGAGAGAGUUAUGAAAUGUAAAGAACCAUAAUCUAUAACAUAACUUUCUUUUCUUGCAGUGUGAUGAAAAACAUUGUAUGCUGCACUCAUCUUAUCAGGCGUAAAAAUAUUGCAAACUCGAGCCUUUAAAUCGCAGCAGCAAGCCGUCGCGGUCUCAUUUACUCUCGAUAAUUUGCGAUACUUCCGCCCUACGUUGCACAAUAAAGUCCAGGCGCUGUAUGCACGAUGCUUUGUGUUAUCGCGUUCAAAAUGUAUAAAAACCUUGAAUAUUAAUGUACCUAUGUUAUUUAUACAGGGUUUAAUUCGCUAGUUUCCCGUCGCCGCGUGUAGUUCUAAGUUUAAACUUGGGUAUUUUUAUGAAAUCAUGGUACCUAUUUCAAAUGCUAAUUAUCGUGUAAAUAACUCAUAAGUAAAUGUAUAUUUUUGUUACAAUUUAUAUUAUACGUACCUAUACAUACAUCAUAUUGUAAUUUUACACUGCCAAUUUGUUAAAAGUUAAGUUUGAAACACAUUUUAUUAUACCUAUGCUCGAAUA